AUGACUGACACGACUGAUCCGACCUUCGGGACUAUUUUCAGGUUCCCCGGACUCGAUCCAGUGGAAUUUGCCGCCGCUGCAUAUGUCCUGGAGACAACAAGACACCAGCAAGAUCCACUGGCUCCGCCCGAAGCAGCUCAAAUCAAGCGAGUUCAUCACAAGGAUACCGAUCUCGGGAGAUUUCUCGACAGCAUCGCCUACAUCUUUGGACGAUUCAAAGGAAAACGUGCCGCCGCCCACGUUUCAGCGGCCGCACUCUGCCAUCGGCCCGACGACAGCGGCCGCUCUGACAUUCUCGUCACCAAAAAUAACUGCUUUGGUAAGGAGGACCGUGAUUUCGCAAAGGUCUUCCAGAAGUGGCUCGAAGAUACAGAGAUCUCCGAUCUUGAAGGGAUCGACGCCAUCACAUUGCCAAAGCACAUGCUCAAAGAAAUUCUGGGGUCGGCUAAAACGGGCGAGACAGGCCAAGACAACGUGGAUCUUGUCAACGAAGAGGAGGAAAAGGAUGAUCCAGAAGAUGACUCUCAUGACACGGUGCUGAUGGGCGCGGAACAACAGGAGGAUGCUCAGGACGAGCAGAUGUGGUGUCAGAUCAUGGCUUUCUGCUACGGCCGUCAGUUGCACUAUAUCGCACAGAUCUGUCGGAGUGAUGCUCUAGACGACGAAGGGCUGGACGCCAUGUUUUCUGGAGAUGACAAGGCGACAGUCCAGAGGGCGAGGCAAAUUGUCAAGUGGUGUCGGGAGUUCCACGACGAGUCGGAGAACAGCUCCGACACUGCAAAGCUCGUUGCAUCCUACAAACAAAUCUGCACCAAAUCAGUGGAUUUCCGUCGACGCAACAAGUCUGGAGAUGAUCACAUCUGCGAAAGCAUUCGGAAGAAGCCUCAAGCUCAGCCUUUUCAUGCUCGACGACCGAAAGACGCUCGGCCACUCUUCGCGGCCAUUCAUAUGCUGGGCCGUUUGCGGGCGGACUGGGGAAAGAUCAAACAGCACAAGGCCAGCUCCGGUCAGAAAUUUUCCAUUGUUAUCGUCUCAAACAACCGGUGGAGGAACUUUCAAUUCAUCGCCAAGUCCGUCCGCGAAAAGAUGUCAGUGCUUUGGCCGCAAUAUGGGCAGCUGCUUAAAAUUCGCCCACCGAAUGCUGCGCAGAAUUACAUCUUCUAUUUCCAUUGCGAGAUCCAGAUGCUCCACUAUAUCCGGAGCAACGGGCUGGAAGAGCGCUGCGAGAACUAUUUCGGCUGCAGCAAGAAAUCGUGCUGGACCUGUUGGGCCAUCCUCAGCCACGAUCCCAAGUUCCGGACCGGCGACACCCACGCGAAGGUGUUCUGGAAAUGCGCGUUUCCAUUGACCCACGACCUCCAGACGAAUGCCAACAGAGUGAUUCUCCGCGGCCUGUUGGCCCUGCAACGGAACAUGGCCGACCAAGUCUUGGACCUGAGCUUGCGAGGGGCCAAGUCCUGGGUGAAGCGGGCAGAGGUCAACCAGACGACGGAUCAUGACACCCAUCAGACAGCGGCAGAAGACCUAGGGAGUUCGGACGAGAGUGGCGAUGAGACGGCCAAGAAGGCCUGGAGUUCAACAACUGUCACGAGGGACUGGAAUUCAUCGACCGUCGCGACGAAUUGGACGGACCCCUGGGCCAACUGUGCUGUCCUGAAGAUCGCACAGGACCGCAGGAUUUCGAUCGAACAGCUUGAAAUCUUCAACACCAGCGCAAAGCAUCUGCGUUGCUACCCUGCGUGGACACAAGCAGUGGCGCCGGAAUUUCUGAUCCGUGACGGGGAUCUGGGCACGGACAGGAUUUCUGCUGACUGGUUACAACGGACGGUCCUUGUCUACCCUGUCGGUGCCGUUGAGAGCCAGCGGUCUGCUGUUGGUCAGGCCCAGGCCUUCUUCCGCUUUGGUGAAUCGUCGAACGUGGCCACCCGUAACAGGUGGACCCUCGACAUCGCCGCCUCCCAGGGUGCGCAACAGAUCCCGGAUCGCGAAGCCUGGUGGCUCGGCGACAUCUAUGUCUUCGCCGUCACGUUGGACGGCAAACAGCAAAACGUGACGCCGGAGCGUCAGCAGAGGAUCAUGGCUCGGGUCCACGCAGAGUUCGCCCAACGUGUCGCCGAACGUCUGGCGGGAGAGAGCAUCUACGAAUCUGAAAUAUCAGAGGCCGCAUCUCUUCACAAGGCUCACCGUGCGUCGGACGGGGGGAGAAGAACGACGAGGAGAAGGAAUUGA